AUGUUGCUGAUCCUUCUGUUCCCGUUCUUCCUGCUGGCGGGCGUGCUCCUGGCCAUGGUCUCGGUGUGGGUUUUCUGCACUGAGUUCCUCACCGUGGACAUCCCUGCGGGCAUCAACGGCAAAACAAGAUUACGGCUCCUACAUUGCAUCUUUAAGCUGCAAAUGAUGUGGGGCACUGUUUUAGAGAAGCUGAGGAUCUGCUCUAUGCCCCAGUUUUUCCGUUUCAUGCAUGAUCUGCCCCCGCUCAAGAACGACCCUGAGGUCGUGGUCACGGACCUCCACUUCGGGACCAUCCCGGUGAAGUUGUACCAGCCCAAGGCGACCUCCUGCUCCAGCAGGCCGGGCAUCGUGUUCUACCACGGAGGCGGGGGCAUCAUGGGGAGCCUGAGGACCCACCACGGCAUCUGCCGUCAGCUGUGCAAGGAGAGCGACUCCGUGGUUCUGUCGGUCGGGUACCGCAUGGUGCCACAGUGCAGGUUUCCAGUUCUGGUAAGAGACUCCAUCUGCGCCACCAUCCACUUCCUGAGGUCCCUGAAGCUGUACGGGGUGGAUCCAGCCCGCGUCGUGGUCUAUGGUGACAGCAUGGGAGGGCAGUUGGCAUCUACCGUCUGCCAAAACCUCCUGUGCUAUCCAGACCUCCCCAAGAUCCGUGCCCAGGUCCUUGUCUACCCCACCCUCCAAGGUCUUGACUUCCAGAGCCCGUCCUAUCAGCAGAACAAGAAUGGCCCAUUGGUCAGUCUGGACUUCUUCUUCUACUGUUGGUGCAGCUGCCUGAGCAUCAACCCCGCGUGGAAAAGCGUCGUCCUGCAAAACGCCCACAUGCCCCCGGAGGUCUGGGCAAAGUAUCAGAAGUGGCUGGGGGCAGAGAACAUCCCUGAGAAGUUUAAGACCAGAGGCUACCAGUCCCAGACCCCCGGGCCCCUGAACGAGGACGCCUUCCAGGAGUGCCUCCUGGCCCUGGACGUCACGACCUCGCCCCUGCUCGCGGAGGACGACGUGGUGUCGCGGCUCCCAGAAGCCUGCAUCGUCAGCUGCGAGCACGACCUUUUCCGGGACCACGCGCUGCUCUACAAGAAGAGGCUGGAGGACCAGGGUGUCCGGGUGACCUGGCACCACGUGGAGGACGGCUUCCAUGGGGUGCUCUCCUGCCUCGACAUGACAUUCUUCUCCUUCCCCUGCUCCAGGAAGAUCCUGGACGCCACUGUCCGCUUCAUAAAUGACUUGUGA